UCCCAGGCGAAAGCAUCGAUGAAUAUCACACACGCUUACAAAUUGCGGCAAAAUACUGCGAGUUUCACGACCAUGACACGGAAAUUAAAUUACAGAUAGAACUUGGGACUUCAAGUAAGAAGCUUCGGCAACAUUCGUUUCGCAACCCAAGCCUCACUUUAACAGAUUUGAUCAGUUAUGCUAGGACUCUUGCGGAGACUGAAAAACAAGCAUCUGGCAUCGCGAAUAGUUCAUUCAACAUGCCCUCGUCAGCAGAGAUAAACGCUGUCAACAAAGAUAAUUCUUCACCAAAUGAUCAACGUUCACAGAAGCCUGAACCAAAACAGAAAGAGCUGCCUAGAACAUCAGAACAG